GUGAUGUAACAGAAUAGCUUCGUAUCCUUCAUUUCACCACCAUAAAUACGGAGGCGAACGAGAAAGAGAGGGCAAAGGAGCGCUUAGAGCUCAGAGAGAGAGAGAGAGAUGUCGCCUUCGUCCUCAUCAGCAGUCGAGGUCCCCAGCGACCUGAUCGCUUUCGAGAUCCUCGCCAGGCUGCCGGCGAAGUCCCUCCUCCGAUUCAAGUGCGUCUGCAAGGAGUGGCUCGCCCUGGCCUCCGAUUCCUUCUUCCUCCUCGCCCACACCCGCUACAACCCCUUCACCGUCUCCGGAUUCCUCAUUGAAGACUUCGUGACAACAACCAUCUCCUCCUUCUCCGUCGAUGGCGGUGCCUCGCCGGCCAUCCCCGACCCCUCACUUUCCUCCCUCAACCGCCGCUCCGCCGCCAGCAACGGCAUCUACAUCUGGCAGUCCUGCAACGGUCUGGUCCUCUGCACAACCUCCUCGUUCCAGUCGCCGUUGAGGCCCUUCCUCCUCAAUCCCACCACCAUGCAGUACAGGGAAAUCCCCGACCCCCCUGCCGACCUUUAUCCAUUCAAAUACCAGCUCAUCCUUAUUUUCGAUCCUUCGACAUCCUUCCAGUAUCGAAUUGCCUGCCUCAGCUCCAACAUCACGCACGCUGCGUUCGAUCCCACAGCUUCUCAGUUUCACGUCGAGAUAUACUCGUCGGAUGCCGGUACAUGGGAGCUCUUGAGGGAGACUGUGCCGGGAGAGACAGUUGGAAUGGCAGGUGUUUACUGGAAUGGCUCACUGAACUGGCUCGCUAAAAAUGGUGUCAUUGUCUCCUUUGAUCUUGAGCAGCGGCUGGUGAAGACCACCCAGGUGCCGCCACAGAGUUACCGGAGGAUGAUCCGUUACUUUGGAAAGUCUCGCGGCCACCUGCACAUGAUUGAGAUUGCAGCGGAGGUUCCUAGCUGUGAUUUUGACUGGCUGCAUUUCUAUGUUUUUGGGAUGGGAAAAGACAAUCAAAGCAGAUAUUUGAAAUACAAUGUCGAUCUCAAUGGAGUGAGCGAUUUGUAUCCUGAGAUUAAUAGCACGACCUCAGAUGAGCAUCUUCUAAGGAUAUCAGCUGACAUCGGCAAACUUAUAUGUCCUGUCUUUUUUGCUCGAGGAGGAAAAGGGGAAGAUGACAAGCUGUAUUUGUGCAAUUCCAAGAAUAUUUUAUGUUAUAACCUGGCAGACAAGACCUGCCGCAAAAUUUUUGCCAUGGAUUCAUUCAUCACAAAGAUUCCGUCCGAUGCACUCAUGAGAAUCGACGUCCUCCCAUUUGCUCACAGUCUCUUCUCUCCAUGAUCUCAAUCAGUUCAGUUUGUUGAUGCUCAGAUAUAGAUACGUUUGGUGGUAUCCUUGAUUGUCAACUUUAUACGUUUUGGAAACUUGUGUUGAGGAAACUACCUACACUAUAGUUUACAAGUUGACUUGAUAGACCUAUCUCCUUUUUUUCCCCUUCUGUCUCAAAAGUUCAUGUGCACUUAGCUUUUGCGUAAUGAAAUGGCUCUGAUUAGUGUUGCUU